GGGCCACAACCGCUAAGGACACCUCAUGAAGUUUACACAACGUACGAUUCCUUGUCGCUUCGGUUUCGAGCUGAAAACGCACGUGGCAUGGCUCCAUUUGCAACUGUAACUUGUCAUGUCCGACGAAACGUUUCCACGGAACGAAGAGAAUAUGUCAGGUAACCUUUAAUAUUUAUAUUGUCGGUGUUGUUUCAAUGCAUUCACCCCUGAGUCUUCACUCCCGGUCAAUACCGACAGUAAACCGUUUAAUGCAGAAGCAACAAGCAAGCCUUGGUUGCGUGUCCACUUUUUCAGUCCGGUUGUCCAUGGAGGACUUCAUAAAGUCCUUUUGCAAAAGACAAGAUGACUUUUUGUAGGGAAAAUUUUGCUCGAGUAACCGACGUUUUUUGGCGGCUUACUAGCCGAACUGGGAACCAAAAGCAAACAUAGCGGAGUCGAUCGAAGUCGAUGUUCGCUGAAAGGUUUCGGAUUUUGUACGGAUUCAAGUCCAUCCUUUAAAAGGGAAACGCACUAUUGAAAACGUGCUUAGUGAACCGUAAAAGGGUUUAAAAACUUUGAUGUUUCUUGUGGAAUUGAGAAACGAGGCAGUUUUUCAAUGUCUGUAUUUUUUACUUGUUUUUCAGGUACUUCACGUGAGUUCAGUGUCCAGUAUAGCUGCAGAGUGUCAACUACCUGGGCCGUUUGACCAGGUGAGGUUAAAGUAAGAGACAUUCCAACCCCUUCUGAGGGAAAAUUGGGAGGUUUUUUUCAACCCCAAAGGAGCUAAUAUGAGAGCCGAAGGCACGAGUCUUCAGUCAGUCAUCUACAGUAAUUCUCCAGAUAAACAGAAUAAAUCUGAUGCAGAAACCUGGGUUGCUUUAACUUAUAGUCAGGUCUCUUAAGGUCAGGAUCGUUACAGAGUUGACAAAAGCACCAAACUUUGCACAGCGAUAGCUUAUUGCAGUACCAUGAAUAUUGGAGGGGGUGCCCAAUGCAAAUAUGCCACUGAAGCGUGCGAAACAGGAUUUAAUUAUUGUAAAUUUCACCUGCUGGGGUCCCUGUGGUGUUUUGAUUGAAAAUUGUUAUUUAAUACCUUAAAUCACUCAGAAUGCUCUUCUCAUGUUGUAAACAACAAUUUCACUCGAAAAUCUGGGAUUCUCAUCCAUUAUUAGCUUAUUGAUUGUAUAAUUAAGUUGAUUAUUACUGUGCCCUUAAAGCAAGUCCACAGUCCACCCACAUUUUCAUAAGUCAUUUCUAAGAUGGUCUCGUCUUUGCUUCAUAUAACUUGCAAGUACUCAGCUUCUGGGGUUCUCUUAUCCUUUUCCAGUGUACUUUAAUUAGAGGAGGCCUUAUUGUGUGGCUUUAGCCUUAUUUAUCAAGUAUUACUUGUCAUUACAUGUCAUUUUAAGCUAAAGAAAGCGUAUGGCAUAGCAAUUCACACACAAAAUUUCAGAAAAAAGAAAUUGUCGAAGAGUCUGUUGUAUCACAUAAUUAUCAGGGAUUUACGACAGCUGUUCAUGAAGAACAAAUAACAAAAUGACAGAACCCAAAAUAGUUCUUUCCUAGGGAGGUAAUUAAUUUUUCAGCUUAACAUAGGCCUGGAUGCCUUUCAGUCUAUCUUUAUCUGCUGGAUGCACGUGCAUGUUUUGACAUAGAAGCAAGCACUGUGGUACAAGUCAUAUCAUUUACAAUUCCUGCAGUUUGUCUAAGCUUUACAAAGCAAAAACAAACAAAAAAGAAUCUGGUCUCAUAAACGAAAAAAAGAAACAAGUUAGCCCAAGCUUGGCACGCCCAAGUUUCUCACCAAGCUGCACUCGCAAACAAGUUGUUAGGUUUCGUUAGCAGGAACUCUAGGUUUAUUCACAGUACUUCCGUAAGGCACACAUUAUACCUCGGGCUAGUUCGUACUAAUCUUGGCUACGCAACCCAGGUCUGGGCGCCCCAAGGCAUUGAACUAAUUUUCUAAACUCGAAAGUAUCCAAAGACAUUCCACCAAGUUCAUUCUUUGCAUGCCUUUUUUAACAAAUAUCUCUUACAAAGAAAGACUAAUGUUUGUAAACCUACUUCCUGUGUGCUACUGGCACGAGUUACUAGAUCUAGUAUACUUUUACAAGGCUACGCAUAAUAUGAUUCACUUAGAUCCAUCUGUUGUUCCCUUGGUACGUGAAUGCGCGCGAAGGACCCGUAUAUCCGUGACAAGCUCUCAAUCUUUUGCGCCUAAAAAAUGCAGAACUUCUACCUUUCUGAAAUCUUUUUUCAUUAGAACCACUAGAAUCUGGAACCUGCUUAUUACAGACUUGACCUACAUAAAGUUACUUUUGAGAGCCGAUUUCUAGGCUCCUGGUGUGGCAACAUAGGCAUAAGUGAAUGCAAAGUUUUGCAGAAUUUAAUCUGUCAGAAAUCUGUUUGAGUGGUCAAAGUUGGGGCUGAUAAGCUUCUUUAUCAUGACCACUCCAUUAUUACAAGGGACCAGGCCAUAAUUAUUGUUGACCCUGGCUUUUUUUGGUAUUUUCUGUAAUUUUCCACAGCACUAUUUUGUGAAAAGUUGGUGACUGAAUUGCUCUUGAAGAAUUCAUGAUUGUAAGAUUUUGUAAACACGGGGUAUUCGCCUAAUUGCAUCAGACAAAUUACAUUCAUUUUCAUAAAUAAUGCAUCAUUGGUUGGCUAAAAGAGACCUUGUUUCGGUAAAUUUCAACUCUUCUGAAGUUUGUUUGUUUGUAAAUUGCAAGGCACGCGAGGACAUUGCUUUUUUUGAAAGAUCGUAUAGACCUACCAUUAACACUCUGGUGCAAGGACUCUGAACUGAAUGAGCCGCUUACAGGUGUCUAGGCAUGCAGGGACCUCGUACAAUUCUUUUUAAAUGCAAAUAUGCAAAAAAAUAAAGAGUGUUAAAAAUUGCACCGCACUGCACAAUUACAAAGUGGGCGCGUUGUCAGUUACGGUUCAUGAGGCCGUUCAUGUGGCAUGUCAAAAUUUAACGAUUCUAUCGUUUAGGAUGUGAUGCAUUUGGGUCAAGAGCCAUAUGGCUCUUGAUUUGGGAUUUAUGUUAUUGUAUGACAUCUUCUAAGCUGGCUUUGUGAUCUGUUUAAAUUGAUAUGUAGCAGUGACACUGAUAGCCGCACAGAGGGGACACUGGGGGGUACCCAAUACCGCAACACCGCAAGAAAAACUAGAAAAUACCGAAAUGCGGUGUCCAAAGUCGACGAAAUAACCGAAUUUUAUGAUUGGUCACGUUUUACUUAAAGCUGUAUCCAUCUCGCGAGUUUGCCACCUCAAGCAUGUAUGCACCAGUAAUCAACUUUAGACAUCGGGAGAAAACAUAAGAAGACCUUGAAUUGAUCGGUAGAACAAUUUAAAAGCCCGGUCAUUACCAUUAAGUCUAAAGUGUAACUUUUAUUAACCUGUUUAGCUUGCUGUGGUUCGUGCUGCACAUUGUAUUAACCUGUAUUAGACAGGGGAGUGAAAUGGAAUGGUACUGCAAUACCGUGAACGAUCUUCUUUUACUGAAUACCGUAAACGAAAAGGAUGAAAAACCGCAUACCGCAAAGCUAGAUUUUUUUUUUUUUUUUUUUUAAAUUUUUAUUGUUUUUACAAACAUAAUGCUGACUUACUUACAUAGUACUUACUUACUUACAUAAGGCUUUAAUACCCACUUACAUAUAACUUGCUAAGUUAAAUACUACAUACUUACAUAAUAUAAACUUACAAGAUAAUGCUUACAAAACAGGAGCCAAUGAGUUGGAGUCUGUUACAAAAUAAUGAAAAAAGAAUUCUAAUACAACUAAUUACUAACUUACUAUCUAUUAACGAAGAGUAAAUACGUAAAAAACAACAAAAAAAUAGAUAAAUAAAUAAAUAAAUAACAAACAAACAAACAAAACAAAAAAGCCAAAAAACAAGGGAAAUUAGCGAGAAUCAAGAAAAUUAUUUUUACAGCUUGACUUGCACCUUUGCUUUGCUAGUUUCAAUUUGUAUUUUAUUUUUAAGGAUAGACAAAAAAGCGUCGAAAAAAUAAUCUUCCUCAUUUUUAGACGCGGUGUAAAGCUAGAUGAUAUCACAAUACCACAUAUUAACAUCAAAAUUACCGAAAUACCGCUUGAAAAAAGCUCAAUACCGCAAUACCGUAAACCCACAAGUCCCCCUCCGCACAGUGAACAUGGCCGCACUUACCUUGUGGAGACUGGGCACUAGUCAGUGUUAUGUAGAUGUAAAACUAUUUUGAAUAGUGUAACAACAACUAAACACUACCAAAUCAAAAACUUAAAAAUCUGAAACAAAUGUUUUUUAGCCAAAUCAAACAAGAAGAGUGCUCGUCACAGGGGACCCAAUCUGCUAUUAUAGGUGAAAGUUAACCCCCCCCCCUUUUAUCUGUAAUUAGGACCAUUUGUAACGGGCACCCCCUCCAGUAUUAAUUGGUAGGUGCUAAGGAAGCUCUGUGCCAAAUUUGACACUUUUGUCACGUCUGUAACGAUCCGGCCUAUAUUUUGCACUAAGAGACCUGACUAUUAACUUUAACUUUAACUUUAUUAUUCCAUCGCUCAUAUAGUACAAACGCAGUAAAGCCAAAGCCGGGGGCUUAUACGGCCUGUGGUCAGAAUGACAGAAAUUAUUUUAUAUAGAAAUGAAGACUGUAGGCUAAACUACAAAACUAAAACAAGAUACAAAACUGAAAUUAAAUAAGUUUACAUGCAUGCAGUCCUAUAACAGUCCUAUAGAUUUUCACUCACGUGGCCAACAUCUAUGCAAAUUUAUUGGAACAAAAGAAAGCGUUUGCAUAAGAAAAGAGUUCAUCUCCCACAGGAUUGGUUUGGGACACCAACAUGGCCGCCGUUUCAUUGUUUUGGGACACUAAUAUGGCCGCCAUGACGUCAUGUGAAAACACUCUAUAACAGUCCAUAAGUAGUGACAAAUAAACUAACAAUAAGCUAUGAGAAUCCUGCGCUAGUUCAAUUUCGGCUUGAAAAGUGAAGUUUUAGUUUCUUUUUGAAGUUAGUAUUAAAUAUUUUAUUUUAGUCAGUAACUGUAACCUAACACUAAAUAGAAGUGAUAAGCUGAUAGUAAAAAAACACACUUAAUUUUCCAGAAAAAUGUCUGUGCAUGGCAAAUUGAACAUGAAGCAUGUAAUCGUCAGAGGCCAGCGGCAUGCAAACCUGAACUAAAAGUGUGGAUUAAUCAUGAAGAGGUAGGUAACACAUCCUACAUGGGUGUAGACAUAACUGGAUCCUCUUUUGGAUCCCUUUUUGGGCCAAUCAUUUUCUUUAAAUAGAGAGAAUUCAUAUAACUCGUUUCUUAUAUGCUAAUGAAAACUGCUAAAUGCUAAUGCGAAGAACAAUGGAGAAGGCACGCACCAAACUGGACACUGCUACAAAUUCUUAAUUGAAAGAGAGUUCGAAUGAUGUCUUCUGUUGAUUUUACGUGCGGGAUGCCGAAUUUUCAUCCGUGUUUCUCCCAAACAAAUGUUCAAAUACCUGAAAUACUGGGAAAAGCACAUCUCAACCGCUGGAGUUUUCCUCACUAUAAAGACUGAAAGUUGUUAAACAAGUGAUGCUGCAGUUUUUUGGUCUGGCUGUGGUAACUGAAAAGACCACAAAAAUCAGCAAAAAGGCAAAUCGUAAUUUGGAUAGCUUAACCACUUUGCUAAAGAAUCUAGAGUUGAGGUUCUCUUUUAUUGGUAUAACUGAGACCUGGCUUUGAGACUCAUCGUAUCAUACCGAUAUCUCAGGUUAUAGUUUUGUCCACAAUCCACGUAAACAUAGGACAGGUGGAGGUGUAAGUCUAUAUUUAGCAGACAAUUAAUUUUGAUUUUAAAUGUCGACCUGACUUAGUUUUUUCUUGCACUGAAUGUGCUGAGUCUUUGUUUGUGGAAAUCAAUAGGCCGAAAGAGAAAAAUAUAGUCGUAGGUGUGGUUUACAGGCCACCAAAUUCAAAUUUACGAGAUUUUAUGAAUAGUCUGGAUUCGUUGCUUGCAAGUAUCUCUAAGGAAAACAAGAUUUACUAUGUUUUAGGUGACUGGAAUCUAGACUUAAUCAACCGCCAUCGUCACGACACAACUUGAGAAUUGUUAGAAACUAUGUAUUCAAGAAUGUUUUUUCCAUUGAUCACACGUCCGACAAGAAUAACUUCUAACACGGCUACACUAAUUGAUAAUAUUUUCACAAAUAAUUUAAACAACUUAUCUGUUAGCGGGCUGAUGUUUUGUGAUAUAUCUGAUCAUCUUCCGAUUUUCACACCGCUUCUUGAUCAAAACAAGAACUUAAAUACAACUUCUUGGCUUUCUUUUCGUGACAAAAGUCGAAAUAAUGUUGUCGCUAAGUUUAAAGAUAGGCUUGCAAACGUUCAUUGGGAUGAAUUAUCUGAAUGUAAAGAUACUGAUCGAUUGUGCUUAUCAGUGUUUUCUUGAUAAAUACACUACCAUUAAUUUACAAUGACUGCUUUCCUCUCAAAAAAGUGAAAGUAAAGAAUGUUACUUUGAGCAAACCAUGGAUAACUAAAGGUCUUCUUAAAUCGGUAAGAAAAAAGAAUUUAUUACACAACUGUUUCCUUGCUAACCCAACUCCAUAUCGUGAGAAACUUUACAAGAGUUAUAAAAACAAAUUGACACAUUCCCUUCACGUUGCUAAACGUCUCUACUACAAUAAAAAGUUAGAUGAAUAUAAAUCCGAUGCAAAAUCAACUUGGAAAUUACUUAACGAUCUUAUUAACAGGAAGAAAAUUAAGUGUAAGUUGCCUUCCAUCUUCAAAUCUAAUGAAGAAGAAAUAUGUAAUCCUACUCAUAGCAAACCGUUUUUGCGAGUAUUUUACGAAUAUUGGACCUAACUUAGCUAAAUCAAUUCCAGCGUCUGACAAAUCUCAUCGUUCUUUUCUGAAUGGAGGCUUUAUUUUAAAAUUCAUUUUUUCUUCAAUCGGCAUCAGAACAAGAAGUCUCUGAGAUUUGUAGCAGCUUUCGAUCCGGUACUGCUCCAGGAUAUGAUAGUAUUUCAAUGAAUGUUGUUAAAGAGUUUUUUUACUUAAUCUGUGCACCAUUGACAUAUAUAAUUAACUUGUCUCUUAAUUCUGGCAUUGUACCCCAAGAGAUGAAAAUUGCACGAGUUAUUCCAUUGUUUAAAUCUGAUGAUAAAUCUUUGUUCACAAACUACAGACCCGUAUCAGUGUUACCAGUUUUCUCUAAAUUCCUAGAGAGAAUCGUCUACAAUCGCCUCAUUAAUUUUUGAAAUAAAUAUGAUAUUCUUUCCCGGAAUCAGUAUGGAUUCAGAAAAAAUUAUUCUACUGCACAUGCUUUAAUCCAAUUGUAUGACAAGAUCUCAAAUGCACUUGAUAAUAAAAGGGUAACUUUAGGCCUAUUCAUUGACUUAUCUAAGGCCUUUGAUAAAGUAAAUCAUGAAAUUUUGCUCGACAAAUUAGAUCAUUAUGGAGUACGUGGUAUUGCUUUACAAUGGUUUAAAAGUUAUCUAUCUUGUCGAAAACAAUUUGUGCAAUAUAAUGGUUACAACUCUUCAUCAUUAGAUAUCACUUGUGGAGUCUCUCAGGAAUCUAUCCUAGGUCCCCUGUUAUUCUUAGUACAUAUAAAAUGAUCUAUGUAAUGUGUCAAAGGUCUUAGAGCUGACACUAUUUGCUGACGACACUAAUAUAUUCUAUUCACAUACUGAUGCUUCCUAUCUUAUGGAAGUUGUAAAUUUAGAAUUGAAAAAGAUAACGGUUUGGUUUUAUACAAAUAAGCUAUCUAUUAAUGUUAAGAAAUCUAAUUUUAUCAUAUUCAGACCGAGACAAAACAGGCCAACCCUUGAUUUAGCUUUUAAUAUUACUAAUUAUUCGAUUGAUCGUGUUAAGGAAGCUACUUUUCUUGGUGUAAUUUUGGAUGAACAUUUAACAUGGAAAUCACAUGUACAUAAUGUUGCUCGGAAGGUGUCUAAAGCCAUAGGUAUAAUUUAUAAAUCAAGUUUUUGCCUUAAUAAUUCCUCCUUACGGAUGCUUUAUUUUAGCCUUAUCUACCCAUACUUAUUCUACUGCAUGAGCGUCUGGGCAUCGACCUACCCAUCAAACCUCAGAAGAUUAAUCACACUUCAAAAACGGGUCGUAAGAAUAAUGUCAAGGAGUGCUUUCGAUGCUCACACUGACCCCUUAUUUAAAAAUUUAAAAAUUCUGAAUCUUGAGAGUAUCUACAAACUUCAAAUAGGAAAAUUUAUGUAUCAAUACAGAUCUGGCUUACUUCCUUAUAGCUUCAAUAACAUGUUUUUGGUGACACGCCAGGUGCAUUCUUACGGCACUAGAAGUUCAGAGCAAUUUUAUUUACCACAAUUCAGGACUAAUAUAAGAAAGUUCUCCAUCAGUUUCAUAGGUCCUAAAUUUUUUAACUCUCUUAGUUUUGAAAUUCAAAAUGCAACAAGUACCGCUUCCUUUUGCUGUAAGCUGAAAGCAUUCCUCUUAUCAUAAAUAGUAAUUUAUAUAAAUUAUAUAUGUAUUUUUUUUUCUUCCUUUGCUCUGUUAUUUUCUUUUGUUUUUUUUUUCUUUUUGUCAUGUUGCUUUUUUUAGCCUAGAACUGUGAUUAUGUAUCGGUCAAAUCGAAGCUUCAACAUGCCCCCCCUCCCGGGCAACCCUCGGGCAUUUGACUUUUUUGAAAAUUAUUGUUCAAAUUCCCCCCUACCCGGGCCAAAAUGCCGUUCAAAUGCCCCACACUAGGGUCCAUCCAGGUGAUCAAAUGCCCCCACCCUGGGGACAUUUCACAGGCACAAAAAUGACAGAAGGACGGCGGAAACAAAAAGUUGUCGAACAAAAUAUUUAUAAAUAUAACAAAACUUGAGAAACACCGUUAGCGUAUUUACUAUGAACAAAAGUCUCGUGCAAAGCGGCGGAAAUCACUGCUACAAGGUCACUGAAUGCUCAGCUUUUCUUCGUCAUGCAACAUACAAAGUGUUCUAUAAAUAAGAUCCCGCCCAUUGAGAUAACUACAUCAUGACUAUUUCACUGACAUGCAUCAUCGUUCACCUUAUUAAUUAACAUACUUGCAGUAGGUCAAAGUAGUUGACCUGAGCUUUUUAUCUUAUUUCAUUUUAUGUUGUUGUAUUGAAUCGCCGAUAUAGGUAUUGUCUUUCAUUGUAAACACAACGAUAAAAUACAUUCAUACAUUCAAAGCCUGAAUCCAAUAUUAAAAAUUUUAAAAUUUAAAUACUUCAAAUACGACACAAAGCUUGUUUAAGCCCUUUCCUCGCAACCAAUUGGCCACAAAGGCACAAUCUUUUCCACGAAAAUCCUCUCACACCGUGUCCCCCAUGAUAGCUCACCAUGCCAAAGAUUUUUUACGUGAAAUCGAAGGUGCAGUUCAAAUUCUCCUCCCCUAAAGCAUGGGGAUCAAAUUCCCCACUCCCUGGAAGACUCUGAUAAUCAAAUUCCCUCCUCCCCGGGACGGCAAAGGUGUCAAAUGCCCGGGGUAUGCCCGGGGGGGGGGGGCAUGUUGAAGCUUCGAUUUGACCGAUAGAUUAGUACGACUAUCUAAUAUACUUAUUUUAAGAUUUACUGUAGCUCUGCCAUUGAUUUUCCCAUGUGUAAUUAUGAUAAUAUUUUGUUCUAAUUAUCUAACUGAGGGAGCCCAUUCCUUAUAAGCCCGGUGGCUUCUCUUGGGCUUCCUCGCCAUGAGAGUUUAAGUAAUUAGAUUUUAUUUGAUUUGUACAAUUUUUGGCAAACAAAAUAAUAAACAAAUAAACAAUAAACAAAGUACUGCUGUUGCCUAGUACAGAAUAUUCUUGAUUCAGAUAACUAUCAUUAAUUUUGUUUUGGAAAAGUGCAUCACAUUCCAACGUGAAUUGCCAGUGAGUACAAAAGCUGUUCAUUAAACAAUAUUGUGUGCGUCAUUUUCAUAUAAGGAACGGAUUAUACGAAAUUGCACCUAUAUAAUAUAAAGAAAUAACAAAAAUCAACUAAUUUCAAAAAGCAAGCAAGCAAAUAAUUAAGUCCCAUACCUUCAUUGACAUAUUGUCUCUUGCUUUUUUUACUACGAUGCGUGAAAGGUGACUGCAGAAAGAGCUUGCCAGAUACACAUUAAUUUUCCAAGGUUGUCCUUAGGCUGACCACCUACUACAUCUAUUAUCAUCAGUAUCUGCAAGACUUUGCGUGUUGUAAAAAUGCGAUGACUGCUUGCGACAUGGCUUGCAACUGCUAUGACUGCUAUUACUAAAAACUCCAGUAAAACUAUUUACUGUACAGGAUCCAAUGAAAUAGGCCAAUUACGGGUAUUUUUAGGUGACAAUCACCAAAUGAGGAUGAACAAGCUUGAGAAAAAUUAUGAGAAACACCAGUCAUAGAAUUUGAAUUUUUUGCAUGUCUUGUCAACCAAAUAACGUGACUGUUAUCUUCAUAAUGUGAAAAUAUCAUGGUUGCUAUGGUUUCAUUAUAAAACAUGCCUUUCACACCAAAAAAAUGUUAGUGGUUUGGCAUUUCAGUGGCGUUUACAUAAUAAAUCGAACAUUACAUGACCACUUGGAGAUACGAAAUUUCUCUUCUAGUGUUGAAAAAUUAAUGUUUCAUGAGGUAGUGAUAUUUGAAGAGAAAAUCUUGUAUCUCUGUGCUGAGAUGAAAGGAAAAGCAAGAGAUAUCCGUGGAAACCUUGUAAAAAGCCAUCACUUAAGGCACCACACUGAAGCUGUCUGUAAAAUACUGAAGACAUCUUAUAUUGUGUACUUCCAGAAAAUAUCCAUACCUUACCUUGAAGUGAACGAAUGUUGUUGAUAAUAUUUUUGGCAAUUUCUUGCUGUAUGGCAUCUGAUAACCUCCAGGACACCGUUAGCUAAUUAAUUAACCAUGGAGGUGAUGGCUCACACUACCGACUACAGGAGUAAUGUCAUCUGCAAAAGAACCAGCUACAUUCAAACUAAACACAACGUGAACUUUGAUUACUCCAACUUAGUUAGAACAUGUUACAACGAAGCUUAGAACACAAUCAAAUUUAAUAUGAUGGAUCAAAUGUGUAAUAAAGCAACAGCUAGAUAGCCGGAAGUUUACUCACAAGCUGAUGACAGUUGUAUUACACUGUAAGGAAAACUAUGACGUAAGCCAUGAAGAAAAGCAUUUAGCCCACUGUAGAUAAAAGAUGGUCAACACAAACAAUAAUACUUGUUUUGAAGACCGGUAAUAGCGAAACGGUUGAUAGCUUGCUCAACAGAGAAGCUGACAUUUGAUAUUUAUAUUUUAAUAUCUAUAUUUUCCCCUGGAAAAAAAACUCUGUAAGCAACCCUUAACUCCCUCGGAAAUUGCCUCGUUUUGGACUCCCUCUCCCCGAAAUUUCCGUUGCCCUUUGUGGGGAUUAUGGAUAUUUUCUGGAACUACCUCACUACAUUUAGCAAAGGGAGGCCAUAGAUGAAAAAAAGAGUUUUAAAAUUUCUCCAGCAAAUCAACCUUCUUACAGGACAGAAACUGCAAAUGCAAACUACAAAUAUGCAACUACUACAAAUGUCUCCCUUCAGAGUGCUCAUUGGCUACUGAUUCAGAUAAAUUCAUUUUUUGUAAACAUUAUUUCUCCAGAAUAAUGUUCAUGUUUUACAUCUUUGUCUUUUUUGUAGGAAUAAAAUGGUGGGAAUGAUGCUACAUGUCCAGUUGAACGAUGCAUCGGAUUUCAACAUGUCGAUAUGAGAAAGCUUGACAGGGACAGAAGGAACUAAUAACUUUCCAACUUCUGGUAGAUUUAACCCAUAAAUAUAAAAUUUGGGGACCAAACGAGGCAACUCGGUAUGAUUCGCACCUACGUAUGACCUUCAAGUUAGAUCUGCUGUUGUUCUACUGAUUAAUGCUGUGAAUCCUGCAUAGAGCAAGUCGUGGGCAACAUUGUGUGGCGGACCGCGUAGAGGGAAGAACGUUUAACCCUUCAAACCGUAAGAUCAAAAUCUGAAUUCUCAUUUGUUGCCCCUAUUCAUUUCCUAUAGAUGUAGUGAGCAGAAGUUGAUAAAAUGUCAAGCAAAUUUAUCUUAUAGGUGAUCAUGUGCGUAAUUCUCAUGACCACUCUGUUUUACAAAGCAUUGAUAUCAGCUACAAACGGAAAUUUCAUACUGAUCACUCUUAGGGCUUAAAGGGGUAAACGUUCAUAUCUCAUAAUCUAUCAUCUGCCAUAGCACUGUGUAGCAAAUGAUGAAACAUACAAUUAUCUCUGGAGCUACGAAAAAUCCUACAAACCCCAAGCAGCGUUAUCGCUACUUUAUGUAUGUACCCAACCAUAAUAAAAAAGAAUACUACAAUCUAUGUUUUAACGUUUUGUUAUCCUUUCUUUUAGAGUUCCUGUCGCUGCCUAACUGCGGCGGAAUUGAUGUAUAAGCUGCUGCAUGUUCGGAGGUACAUUCUUAGCGGGAGUGAAUUUCGUUCUCUGCAUCGACAAGUGAGUGCUUUGAGUUUGCAAGUCUUCCCCUUCCUAGAUUUCCGCCAUUUUCACCUUUAAUGUCUUCUCCUUUUCUGUUCCAUUACAGAGCACAUCAACAUUUUUUACCCAAUUCUAAAAUUAUUAACGCGGGCAACGGGAAUCCUGGUUUGUCUGGGAACUGAUUUUUUGUGUAAAAUCGACAGGGUGUAUAGGCGUUGAGACGUAUCUUGCGUAAACCGCUGACACUCAAAACCGAUAUUCUACAAAAAAUCAGGGAACAGAGAAACGUAGGGAUACCAAUCUAAAAUUAGGAACGCGGGCAACGGGAAUCCUGGUUUGUUUGGGAACUGAUUUUUUGUGUAAAAUCGACGGGGUGUAUAGGCGUUGAGACGUAUCUUGCGUAAACCGCUGACACUCAAAACCGAUAUUACACAAAAAAUCAGGGAACAGAGAAACGUAGGGAUACCAAUCUAAAAUUAUGAACGCGGGCAACGGGAAUCCUGGUUUGUUUGGGAACUGAUUUUUUGUGUAAAAUCGACGGGGUGUAUAGGCGUUGAGACGUAUCUUGCGUAAACCGCUGACACUCAAAACCGAUAUUACACAAAAAAUCAGGGAACAGAGAAACGUAGGGAUACCAAUCUAAAAUUAUGAACGCGGGCAACGGGAAUCCUGGUUUGUUUGGGAACUGAUUUUUUGUGUAAAAUCAACGGGGUGUAUAGGCGUUGAGACGUAUCUUGCGUAAACCGCUGACACUCAAAACCGAUAUUACACAAAAAAUCAGGGAACAGAGAAACGUAGGGAUACCAAUCUAAAAUUAUGAACGCGGGCAACGGGAAUCCUGGUUUGUUUGGGAACUGAUUUUUUGUGUAAAAUCAACGGGGUGUAUAGGCGUUGAGACGUAUCUUGCGUAAACCGCUGACACUCAAAACCGAUAUUACACAAAAAAUCAGGGAACGGAGAAACGUAGGGAUACCACUCUAACUCGGGUACUUUUCAAAUUGGAAACUUGUGCUAACUUCUUAGUUUCUUCCUAUCUCUACAGGCGAUGGUAGCACGCUUUGGGAUUACCAAGCAAACUCUAUUGAUCAUGAUUAUUUCUUCCGCUUUCUUUUUUAAAGAGAGGGCGGUCCACACUACUACAAUCUAAAAUUAUCAACGCGGACAACGGGAAUCCUGGUUUGUUUGGGAACUGAUUUUUGUGGAAAUUCGACGGAAUGUAUAGGCGUUGAAACGUAUUUUGGGUAAACCGCUGACACUCAAACCGAUAACACAAUAAAUCAGGGAACAGAGAAACGUAGGGAUACCAAUAUUGGAAACUUAUGCUAACUUCUUACUUUCUUCCAUCUCUACAGGUGAGGGUAGCACGCUUUGGGAUCGCCAAGUAUUCUUUAUUAAUCAUGAUUCUUUUUUUUCCGCUUUCCUAGAUUUCUAACGUUUUCCUUUUUAUCUCUAGUAUUUUUGUUUUAGAUGGUCCACAACACUGGACUUUGUAGGCUUUGACUUUUAUUCAGUCUUUCAGGGUUAAAGCAAAGAUGUGCAUAAUUCUAGCUUAAAAUUAUUGGGUAGAGGUUAGAAUCCUGGACCCUGACUGACCACACACUGCUGCUUUUGCUUCAAGUUUGGCUGGUGAGUAUAUCACGUUAUGAUUUUCUUUUAAUUUUCCUUUUUAAUAUCUAGUCAUUUUGAAGAAGCGACUUUUUAAAACAUUCAGCUUUAAAAAAUUGCGAAAAAACGUUUCUUAAAAACUUUUAAUAAAUUUUAAAAAAGGUAAAAAAUACACAACUUUUCGACGCUACCGGAUGUCAUUAUCAAGAGAAAAGAGAUGCAAUAUCAAUGUUCUAUAAAUACAAGAAAAGCAGUAGUUAAUUAAAAGGAAAGUAGCAAAUAAAAAUAUGUCACAAGUCAAACAAAGAGGUCAGAACUGAUGGAGUCACUCUGAGUGCUGAGGCUAGGCCUCGGUUCUUUGAUGAAUAGCAUUUCGUAAACGAGGCAGUCAAAUUUCUCGUGGCAUUUCUUGAGAACGCGAAAUUGGCCCUCAUUGAGAAGAUUUUUGCAGUCACUGUGCGCUUCUAAUAAAUGUUUACCGAUAGCUGAAUACUUGUGUUCGGCAAUGCUUUGAUGAAGGUGUCGGGCUGUGUAGCCAACAUAAUCUGCAUCACACAGAUCACGUGCAAAUUUGUAAACAACGCAUUGCUGACUUACAAAACUCGGCUUAAUUUCUUUAGGCUUAAGAUCUUGCUCCAAUUUUUUGCGCACAAAAAUAAGCUCAUAAAUUCUACCUUUAAUAUGUUUGUUCAGAAUAUUGCAACUAAGCCAGAAAAGAAAACCGACGAUGGCAACACGAUCAGCAUAGUUCUUCCAUUCAAAGAUCAGAUAGCCGCUAACGCAGUGCGUGCGUAGGCAAUUGCGUGAUCUCAGCAAUAAGAUUGCCAUCACUUUACAGCCCCCUCUUAGGAAAAAAUGCGCAAGAGGAGCGUCCGUAAACAGCGUAAACAAUUUUCCCUUGCACUGAACUUGUGGAAGAAUUAUGCGAUAUCAGCCAGGACCCAUAAAACUGUUAUUCUUACCUUAGAAGUCUCCUUUUUAUUGCCAAUACAGCUAAUCAAAUCAAUUGUAGUGGUUAGUGUCCAAUUGCUAUUUUAGAUCUGAGACUAAGGGGGCAGUUUACAGAGUUUUAAAAGCUAAUUUAUAAUGCUUCCUUGUUUUAUGAGGAUCUGCCAAAGCAAAACGACAAGAGUAAGAAAGUGGAAGAGGAAGAUUAGUAAACUGGACAAGGACAUCAGGGAUAAAACAUCGGCCACACUGAAUCGAAGUAAGUUUACAAGUCUUUCGACAAGAAAAAUAACGGAAAAACCUUACUCAGUAAAAUGUCUAUCAAAAGGCCCGGGAGAGGCUUUUUUCCAGUCACUGUUGAAGGGGAAAUACCAAGGAGAAGAGAGACCAUUGCUGGUUUGCACGUGAGGUCACGGCGGCCAUAUUGGAGGUCAAGAACAAAAGCAUUUCUCUCCUCUGGUAACUUAACUCUGUUUUCAUGUAAAUUCUUCAAGAAAAAUUCUAUUGUAUUGACCCUCAACAUGGCCGCCUUGUCACGUGGUUGCAAACCAAGAAUUGGAGAGGGUUGCUUGAUACAUUCUGUUGAAGGAGGUGAAAAGAUUACACCAAAGUUUCAAUUUAGCGGCCCUGCAGACCAAAGUCUGAUUCAGCCUUUCAUGGAGCCAUUUGAACUCAAUUUCAACCAAAAAGAGCCCUUUAAAAAGCCUAUUCCAGCCCACGCUGGGACGUAUUUCAAUCCUUGGGUCCAUAUUAGCCCUAGAUAAUCGUAUUGUAUUGUUGUUGAUAAUUCAUGUUAACAUAACAUUUACCACGUAACCUAUGCCAACUACCAGAUGUGGUUAACACUGGAUACUCAUAUACGGCCAUUUACAUUCUUAACAUCCGAUGAUUAAUGGACAAUUUUAAUUUUAUUUCUCAUAAUUAACAGCUAAACAAGGAAAGAGAACCUUGAGCCCCAAUAUAGUGUCGCAUCUAACAGAGAAGCGGAACUUAUCAGAAUUGUUGUUCUGUGAAAUAAAACUGGAUUGUAAGAACAAGGCUCUGAAUGUGGAACAGAAGGAUUGG